CCUCAGUCUUUCAAGGGUUGUUGUUAAUGAUGGGAGGUGUCGAGGUUUAAGAUUUGCUUUUUAACGAUAUUAUUUGUAAUAGAUAUACUGCUGUGAAGAUGGCAUCAGUGUGGAGGAAGAACAUUAAAUACCAUUCCUUGAGCCCUGCUGUCAGCUGUUCCCGUCUUCGUCAGGUUCAGUCAAUCCUGAGCGACAGCAGCAAGUCCAAACCAGAUGGGAUCCUGUGUAUUCUUGGAAUUGACAGCAGGUACAAUCAGGGCUGCAUCGAGCUGGCCAACUACCUGCUCUUUGGUUUGUACAAUCAGAAUAACGUGGACCUGGAGAGGACAGAGUUCCCAGAGGAGGUGCUAGAUGAUGUGAUACUAUUGAUAAAGUCAGAGAGUGUCCACCUGUACUGCAACCCUGUAAAUUACAGCUACCUUCUACCUUAUGUUGGCCACUGGAGAAACCUACACUUCCACUGUAUGACAAAGACUGAGUAUGAAGACGAGGAGGCUGCAGAAGAGUUCAAAAUCUCCAGCUUUGUGGACAUGGUUCAGGACUGCGGCCGUAUUGGAAUUCCCUACAGCUCCCACGGGCACAUUCAGAAGUUUGACAUCUUUGUUGUGGAGAAGUGGCCCAUCAUCCAGGCUUUUGGUCUUGAAGGAAUCGGAGGAGGUGGCUUUUUUACAAUGAAGCACGAGCUGACUGACGUGAGCGAGAAACUCUGGCAGACUUACAGUAAGAUGGACCCUGUUGCCUUGGAGAUCCUGCUCACAGAGGACUUAGUGACAUUUGAGAAACAGUGGGCCAGCUUCUACUCCAACUUUGACAUUGAAAGCCAUUCUUCCAUCAUGGAGCUGUCUGAGGCACAGGCUGGGGAGCCCUUUCGCAGUUAUUUUACACAUGGACUGAUUUCUAGCCACAUUGCUGGCAAAUGUAAAAGCCGACAGCCUUUUGUGCUUUUUGGGUGUCACUCCACAAGAGAGGACCUGAACUCUUACUGCUUCAGCUUUCCAUCAGAGGGGCACCAGGUUCGGAACACGGGGAUUGGAGGGGCCGCUGCCAAGCACAUGGUUGUACAGUGCGUGGCCCCUAAAGGACCCUUGGCGUGUGCACGGACCUGUUUCUUUGGAACUACUCAUAUCCCAUACUUGGACAGAAACUUUAGCUGCACAGACAGACAAAGGGGGAAUGACAAUGAACAGUACAAGAAAACGGAACUGAUGAUUUUGUCUCAGAUCUAUGAAGCUACAGUCCAAGCUGUGCUGGCUGGUAUCCAAUGCUAUUCUUGCACAUUUAACACAACCAAGGCAAAGGACAUGGCAGAUCAGACAUUCCAGUCAUCCCUGGAUUGCUGCAAUCUUGCACAGUAUAAGAAUGCACUCCGAUCCAAAACCACAUUCUACAUUCAAGCUGUGAAUAAUGAAGGAAGAACUGUUCCUUUGGAAAAUGAUGGUAGUAGGUUCUUAGUCAAAACUGCCUGCAUGACUGUGUAUGACGUUCCAGACUUACUUGGCGGGAGAGGAGUUCUGGGUUCAGUAGUAUUCUCAGAAUCAUUCCUGGAGUCUUGUUUUUUUGUGAAAGAACAAGAUGGCAGUAUUUCCACAGAUAGCCUUUUUACCAUCCUGACGGCAUCCAUUCCAAUAUAUGUCUCCUGGCUCGUAGAGGACAAUGAUGUUAAGCUAUCUGAGAAGGCACAGCAGCUACUAAAGGAUAAGGAAGAGACCUGCCUUGGAAGCCCCCUUUCUGUUGGAGAAACGGCUUUCAUUUACUCCAGCAGCAUGCUGGCCUGGCCAGAGGAAGGUAAAAUCAGUUUCUUCUCAGAAGGAAUUCUAUUUAUCCAUCCUCACUUUGGUUGCGUCACUAUCUACAAGAAUUUGAUCAAUGCACUCAAGUUUUAUGAUGGGGACUCCCCCAGUGUAGUUGCUGUCCUCCUUGUUGAAUAUAAGAGAUCUCUGCUCCCUCACUUACCCUUCCAGCUUCACUCCACAUCCAACUGUCUCGCCAUUGCACUGUUGCCCAAAUCCAAAAGCUACAAGGCUUUCUAUUCACAGGUGCUGGCUACAUGGAAACAGCAGUUAGACGAUUCUGGAAUUGUGCUGAAGAUGGUACGAAGUGAGCAACUGUCAGAAGAACAAACAAACAUGCACGCCAAGCUGCAAAAACUCUGGGAGAGUCAUUCAGUCCCAGUGGGUGAGAGGUGGUGCCAUCUUAAAGUUGCCUCAGCAGAGCUCCUACAGCUGGAAACAUUCAUGAUGCAUUUUGAAGUCAGUAGUGUUGGCAAGGAGCCGGUGAAAAGCACUCACCUUCCUGCACUCUUUCAUCAGACCAGUUUAUCUGCAAACAUCCAUGAGGAAACUGAAAAGGUGGUAAUCACCAUCAUUACAGGGCUUCCUGGAAGCCAUAAAGACAGCCUUGGCAACUUUCUAGUAAAUCUGAACAAAGAACAUGGAAGGUGGGUGGUUUAUCGGCAAGCACCUGAUGGCUGCAAUAAUUUCAGUGCCGUGAACUUCCAGCGUUACCUGUCAAGUGUCCUUGAGACCCAGCAGGGCCGCAGUUCUAGACAAUCAGUCUACACGCGCAAGAGAGUGAGACUGCUAGUGAUCACUCCUGGAUACACAGAUGCCAUCGAUGCUGUGCAGGCUGUGCAGGCUCACCCUGACCCCAACAUUCAGUCUGCCUUCACUGUGGGCGCAGUCACAGCCUGCGUGGAUCCACUCAGCAGCUACAUGGAGCACAGAUUUCUAUUUCCAAAGUUCUUGGAGCAGUGUUCUCAAGGUGUGGUUAGCAAUGUAGUUUUCACUGGCCUGACUGGCGAGCAGAGACACCCCCUGCUCCUGCAGCUCCAGCACCUCAUCCGAGCUGCCAACCCCACCGCAGCCUUCAUCCUUGCUGAGAAGGGGGCCGUCACCAGGAAUGAAGACGUGGAGCUGAUUUUAUCUGGGAGCAUUUUUACAGAACCUAGUCUGCUAAGAUCACGAUAUUUAAUGUAUCCUGGCUGGAGUGAUGGCAAAUUCAGUUCUGGACCUGUCUUUCCAUCCAUGACCCUGAUCACUAUCCGUUUCAGUCGAUCUCUGGAGAAGCCCCGCUUCAUGGCUCGCUGUAAAGCAUUAAAGUCGUCACUGAAACCAAAUCCGUUCGCUGGAAAUGUGUACAACAUCCAGGGUAGAAUUAGAUUUUCAGACUCUGAGAAGGUGAUUGAAGUGAACCACCACACCCUGACCAACAGCCUGAGCCUGCUCCCUGUGCAGGAGGGGCCCUCCCCCCCUUCUCAGAAUGGGGGCGCCAGGCAGGAACCCUCAGACUGCUUUAUCGUGUUUGACGGCAUCAGUCUGAGUGAGGAAGCCUUGAGGGAUUGGCUCAGACAGUGUGCCAAGCAGAACUCUCCAAAGAAAGCUCUGAAGAGACACGAGACCUUGACAAUGCAGGAAAUCAAGAACAUUCAUGUGAAGAGACACUUGGAACCCCUUCCGGCCGGAUACUUUUACAACGGGACCCAGUUUAUUAACCACUUUGGAGAGAAAAUGGACUUCCAUCCAUUGAUGGAGCAGUUUAUCUCUGAGUAUGUGGAGGAGGCCAACCGGGAGAUUGAGAGGUACAACCGUGAGCUGGAGCAGCAGAGGCACGUGGACUUGUUUGAGCCUUAAAGGUUGUCCGCCUGCUCCACAACCACAGAUCAUUAUCACACACAACACAACAGCGGACCUUACAGAGGGGCUGCAGCAGCCCUCUCGUUAGCAUGCAUUAAACCAUACUUGGAUAUUCCAUGUACUAGGGAAUGGGACUAGGGUUUAACAGCAGCCUAUAAAAGAAGUGAUUUAUUGUAAUUCACACACACACGAAAACACUCCAAACAGUCAUUUGAUACAACACACACCUGUCUGUUUACCCAAAGUUUCAAAGUGUGAGACAGGCCAACCCAGUCUCACGAGAGAAACGUUAACAGAUUAACGUUUCUGCAUUUCUGCUUUCUGGGGAAAAAAAAGUUACGUGGGAACCGUUUUCAAUUUCAACCACAGUGCUUUGCAGCAGCUUUUGUCGAAAUUCUCUUUUUGUAUUUAUUUCUGUGAACAUUAGUUUAUGGAUAAUCUUGUUUGCUUUUAAACCAAUUAAAUUGUUACAAAACAAUUACUAUUAUUUAGUCUGUUAGUUUUAAUUCUGUACAUGGUCUUGUAGUAGUGCUAAAAUAUACACUGCUUUUUUUCUUUAUAUAUUUACCCGAAACCUUGCUUAAUAUAAUUUUAGGAAAUGACAUGUCAGCACUGUACUGAAUCCAGAGCGCGCCUGACAAUGAAAAUAAAAAUACGGCUGAAAGCAAAACAGUAUUCGGUUCAACAGAGACAGUCGGUAGCUUCAAAACAAAUAAGCUAAAUGCUCCGUGUCUAUCUGUGUAUCGAUAAAUGUACCGCCCCUGCUUGCCAUGCAGCGCUCAGCCAAUAGGCAGGGACAGGACGUUGAAAAGUAUUGUGGGAUAUGUGGGAUCGAGUCAUAGAAGCAAAGGUAUAUUUCAAAGUUUUAAAACGACAUUUCCCAUAAUUCUUUUCAACUUUUUUUCCCUCAGAAAGCAGAAAUACAGUAAUUUUAAUCUGUUAACGUUUCUCUUAACUGGGUUGGACAGACACAGCUGUUUCACUAGCUGCAGCAAUGAGGGGCAAUGCAUUACUGUGUGGUAUUAAUCUUCAAGAUGGAUUAGGCUGCAGAAAAUAAAGCAGAUUGAAUAACAAAAGAGUGGGACUAAAGCUAGAUGUGAGUAUGGAAAUAAUGUUGCCCCAUUAGGGGAUGCCAGUCACUUCACCACUUAUACUUCAGUUCCAUUCCAGCUGUAAAACUUGAUGGUAGCAGCACCGCUGUGCUAGUAUGAUCUAAGUCAGGUUGAAUGGGUGGUCUGCCUAAUUAAACAAUCACUUUUAAAUGUUUAGAACAUGCUCGGCUACAUUUUGUAGUUACCUAGCGGAACGUGGUUGGGCAUGAUGAUCACUUUGAAUGGUUGACUGGUACCUAAACAGUCAAUCAGCAUACUAUAGAGGCUGUAUUUGAUUUUGAGAAGCUUAAUGCACCAGUUUCGUGGGCCAACAAUUUCUGUAGACCAUUCCACUUCAUUGCGGGUGGGGAGGGUGGGGAUUGAUUUCUUGGGUGUCUUUAAGAAUGCCUGAGAGAGGUUCUGUAGGAAGAAGCAGCAGUAGCAAUGUACUAAAGCUGAUAUGUUACUUAUGCUAUGCAUGACUCGUGUUUGUCUAUUGAAAUGAGUGCCUGAACGGCUAACUAAUCACUGUUACUAAAAGGGGGUUAUCAGUGCUUAAAAAGUAGCAAAACUUUUUUUAAAAAGCUCUGGUAAGGUCAAAUCUGUAUCCUUAUUUGUCUAAGUGUGAGAACAUACUCACAAAAACUUUAUUCAAUAGCAGUUACAAUUUAAAGUCAAACUAAAUGACAGAAGAGAUUCUGUUUUAAAAGAAUGGGAGUGGGUUGAGAUUUUUAAUGAAAGUUAACUUUACCUUCACAGAGAUUUAACAUACAGCCUCAGCUGUUCAUUAUUAGGAAAACAAAUCUGUCAACAUCUCUGCAUUUAUACAGGGUAUCCCCCUAUAAGCCCAUAUGUGGCUCCAAGCUGGGGUAGGAAAUAAAGUCUACAUUUCUGUUGACACUUGACAAUUCUUUACAUUUGCCAUCUUUGACAUCCAAUGAAUGUAUGGAAGACAGUGAUGUUUACUUUUACUUUUACACAUGAUUUAGGCCUUGUAAACUACUGACCUAGAAGCCAGGUGUAUUACUAUCUGAUUCCUUCCCACUGUGUCAUUGCCAUUUAAAUACAUGUGGUGUUGACACUGUCUACAGGCUUGUCUACAACUCUGAUUGGUUUUUUAUGUUGUUUACAAGCCACUCAUGUAGGUAUGAUAAAGAUUUGACCUUGGAGUUAAUUCUGUACAGAGCGAUCAGUAUUGGUUUAGAACCUGCAAUGCUGAAGGCCUGGAACUGGAAAACAGAUUAAAGAAUUGAAGUUGUUUCAAGUCCCCUCUGGUUACUUGAAAGCACUGCUGGCCCCUGCAUGUUAGUUCUGAAAUAUUUCAAUGUAUUAACUGACAAAGCCAUAUGCUUUAAAGCAGUAGUCGUACCACUGUUGUAUCUGAAACUAGCGUGUAAUAGCUUAAUGAAAAAUAAAAAAGCAGUUACUUCAGCCUCCUUGACGGGCUGUGACAUGUGAAUCCGGAACAACCUAUAUGAGAGACCUUUUUAAAUUCUCUUGCUGGUGUUUUGGGAAGGAAUCGCAUGAGAUCACGUAAUGCUCUUGUUAGCUUAUUAGCGUGCAAGUGCAGUUUACUCAAUAAUUGUCAUAGGCUUUGCUAUGUACUGUAAUUCCCUUCUGACAACUUUUUAAGGACUGCUUUUGUGGGUUAGAAAAAGAGUGGUAUGCAUUAGGAACCCUGUUUGUUAGUGUGAAUAACCUGGAUCAAGGAGAUCCAGGUUCCAAAUCCCUGGGUGACUGUGCAGAGGAGUGACUAUUUGACCUCUCAUAACUGUACAUACUGUGCAAGCAGGGCUAACUAUGAAUUAUUUGCUGGUUUUGUUGAUUUGAAUAAUAAGAGGUCUGCACAGGCCUCCGAAAGUGAGAAGGAUAUCUAAUCCUCAGGCUGAUUUUAAAAUAAAUAAAUAAUAAUAAAUGCUGCUUUCUCCUUGGCAGUGGUAUGACAUGCCGAUUUUCUUUUAAU